AUGGCCUGUCACCCACACAAUGUCCGAGCGAGUACUGAGUACGACGUUCCCGCAAUGUUGGCUUGCGAGCGCUCCGGGUUCCUGGUUGGCCCCUGGGACGUGGGUGAUACAUGGGUCAUCGGCAAGGUCUCAAGUGUCCCAAGUGCCAGUGCCAUCCUCUCCCACUCCCAAUACCAGCAGCAGCAGCAGCAGGCAUGA